AUACUGUUUUUGGCGUAGUGAUUGGUUAUUAAGGAUAACCGAUUCAAAAGGGGUCGUUAUAUCCAACCUCUCUUAUCCAUACGCGAUUUUAAAAAAACGUCUGAACCCUUCGCCGUGCCAUCGCCGACGCUAGCCUUUGACGGGGCCACCACGCUUUCUUCCACCCUUCGCAGACGCCAGCCUUUGCCGACGCCACCACGCCAACUUCCACCCUUUGCUGGUGGCAUCCCUCGUCAAUGUCAUCUCUUCGCUGUGUCGUGUCCUGCCGCCAACCAUUCGUUGCCAACACUUGGUUGUGGCCAAAACGGGUGUUUCCGGUGGUGUUGAAGUCGACUGAACCUCGCCGCUGCUUGUACCCCUUUAAUCCGCUCCAUAUCGCGCCUCCAUCCCUUUGCCGUCACUCUGCCGCCAUCCCUUCGCCGCCACCUCUUUUGCCGUCAUCCCUCCGCCGUCACACUUCAAGUGAAGAAGAUGGUGAGGACAGGUCUUUUGAAUACUCUGAUUUCAUGAACCAUGUCCAAGGGGAUUCUGAACCCCUUUACCCGGGAUGCAAGACCUACACUAAGCUGAAGGCACUAGUGAAAUUAUAUAACUUGAAGGCAAAGCAUGGGAUUUCUGAUUCAUGCUUCUCUGAAAUUCUGCUUUUGCUAGGGACAUUUCUCCGAAAGGGCAACUGCCUGCCUUCGUCAUUUGGUGAAGCAAAGAAGACCUUAUGUGCUUUAUGCAAUGUUGUGAAAGGCUAUAAUUCAUGUGUUGUUUGUGGUGAUAAAACAAAUGCUAUGAGGUUGCGUAAUUACCGUAAGAUGGUGGUUAUGAAGCAUCGCAGGUGGUUGCCACGACAACAUCCAUAUCGAAGGCAGAAAGCAGCCUUUGAUAACACAGUGGAAAAGAAUGCAGCUCCUAUCCCAUUGACUGGGGAAGAGAUUUCAACAAACUUGCUUGUGGAGAAUAAUACGGUAUCAACAGAACUAAUGUGGAUUGCAGAAGGGCCUAACAAGGAUGUACCCACUUUCAGUGGGUAUAAAAUCAAUGGUGUGACCUACAGCACCAAAGAACAUGAUGAUAUGCGUCAAGUUCAGUGUAGUGGUGUUUGUGUAGAAGCUCAAACAAUGCUCGUAGUUGCUGUCUUAAGAUUACCUGAGAAAAACUAUAUGGACAUUGAUGAAGAUAGUGAGGGAUCUGUUGAAUUAGAACUCGAGGAGGAGUUGGAUGGGGACGAGACAGCUGCUGCAAUUGGGCAAAAUGGAGUGUUUCUCACUGUCUUGGUCACUGCCUGGGCUGUUUUUUUUGGAGCUGAAGCCGAUUAUAUAGUGGCACAUGGAUCGGUUUUCCCACGUGCACCGGGAGAUGUGGUGCACGGUGUUCCCCUCCUUCCUCACCAGCCCCUGUUGCACACGGCUCGACAUGGCGACUUCUCAUCAAGCAAAUCCCGUCCUAUUCUCGACGUACGCCCCACUACUCCUCCUAGCUCUCCCGUACAGGAUGUUGUUGACCGGAGCUCAUACAUCUCAUUCGGGCCUAGGUGCAGGGAGUUGUGUCAGUGGCUGACACGCACAUCAGAUUUGCCUACCAUCAGCGUCAUUUUCGAUCACGAGUCUAUGCUCUCUCUGGAGGAGACAGAGCUGAGGAUGUGUCUGGAGAAUAUACUGGUACCUGAACUUCAAAUCCUUUCACAAAAAUCCCUGAACUUACACAAUCCUUUCACUAAUGAGCCAUUAGCCCGUUUCUAGGUUAACUUCCGGUCAUUAGGGCCAAAUUCGAAUUUUAUAUAUUUUAAAAUUUUCAAUUUGACCCCAUUUCUUCUUUUCUUUUCUUCCACGCCCCGCCGCCGCCGCCCGCCGGUCAAAGUCGCCGGAAAAUGAACUUUUUCCGAUUCC